AAUAAUGUUCAUUCAUGCUUCUUUUCUAUAGCAGCAGGAGCUGGACUGGGUUUUAAGUGAGGAAGUGCCACGUGUCUUCACUCAAGUAAUGAUAGUUCUCCAGGAGUGCUGCACACACUUCCCUGUACCUCUGUGUGGGAGUGAUACAGCAGUCAAACAAGAGAAAUUCAUAAUGUCCACUGCUGCACACAGUACACAGGACCAAGUGAAGUGUGUUGUGACAGUGACAGGAGACACAAUCACUCAGGCAGUAAGUACACUCUACCCAUCAAGGCUAACAAGUAGUGAAGUUCUCAAUGUGUUGGGACAACUGAUUAAGUUACUUCAGAAGGGUCGCAGCAGCCUUCUAAUUCCUCGGAAAAAGACCAUUGAUGAACUUUUGUCCAGUAAGAACAUGAAAUCAUUAACACCGCCUUUACCUGGAGACAUCGCAGUCAGCUUCUAUCUGCAAGCUCAUAAGUUAGUCCUGGCUGUCUAUCACUUGUCUAACUCUGCCGGCACCAUGAAAUUUGAGAGUGUUCAGGCUGACUGUGCUGUUCCAUGGCUGAGUCCAGUGCUUGUCUGUUUUACUACAGCUCUGCAUCUUACUCACCAGCUCAGAGAUAAGAUUUCUGUGUUCUCGCAGUUUAAAGAUUUCACUCCUGACUCGUGCAGUGUAUCAACAGUGUCCUGUUAAACCAGUAUAAUUGUAUUAUUAGCAUACAUGUCACUCUGGUGUAAAUAGAGGUUUUUAGUUACUUUGUGUAAACAUUAUAGUAUAUUGUUUUAGCAUUGUGUACAGUACUGUAGUUAUUUAAUUUUUUUAGAGAGAUAUUUAUGUGUAAGGUUUAAAGCCUUUUGACAUGA